CAAAUAGCAAUUAUCCACAAAAGGGUUUGUAAUAAUUAUCCAAAACAAAAAGGACGCAGAAAAAGAGAAUUAGAAGUCAUUCCCUUACCCAAAUUGGAACCAGGAUAACUAUUCCUCUGGAGUAAAUUAAAGAAAAAAAUAGUAAAAAAAUGGUGGCGUAUAAUUUAGUGCUUCAUACCCUGACAGGGGCCCAAGACCCAAUUAGCCAUCACCAUACCUUUUGAAAAGUCCCUUCAUCCUCUGUUUCAUCAUGCUCUUAUGAAUUCCUCUUUUCAGUAGCCCAUCCAUUCAUUCAUUGCCCAACACCACACAUACAGACAAACUAAAGCACCACCCGCUUCGCCACGUGUCCCCAGUAACCCUCAAAUUUUCACCACCAGCUGUCACAGCCUUGUUUACCGGGCGCUUAUGCUUCGCCUCCCAUCUCACAGACUUCAAUGCAUUCUUUAGUUAAAAAAAGGAAAAAAAAAAGUUUAAAACCAAACACUAACACCACCUUAUUACAUUUUUUUCAAGAAAGUGAUGGAAGAAAAGUCAGAGGAAAAAAAAAAAAACAAACCCAAGGAACUGGAACGGUAUGUUUUUUCGAAGCAUUAUAAAAUAAACAACGGUAAAAAAAAAAAAAAUAAUUUAAUGCGAAAAGGAGGAGUAUUUUUUAAUUUUUUUAAAUUUUCUAUUGUAUAUGGGAAUGGGUGUUUUAGAGUGGUGAGGAUGACUGACAAAUUACCGGCUGCAGGCAGUUGUCGGGUGGGAGUGAUGUCUCAACGCCGCAUCAACCUGCCACAACAGACAGCACGCGAGGUGAGGUGACCGGUUACGGGGACAACAGGUCACCACCCCCCUUACCUCACCUCACCGCCCCUCCCCUCUACCGUGGGUAUUUUUUAUGCUUUUUAGGUUGGUCCGGUUGAUGCCCCACAUUCACCUCGUUCCACACGAACACUCUCGACUAUUCCACUCUCUCUGGCGGCGCGUAAUCAAUACGGAUGGAAAAUAAGGCCCAUAAGACUAAAAUUACGGAAAUACUCAUCGGCUGGCUGGAUCAAUGUCAAUGGUCAGCGCGUUCGUACGUGUGCUAUCACUAUGAUGACUCUUAUCCGAUAAACAUAAACUUGGUAUUAGUCUGUUUAGCCGUUUGAAAUAAAAAUAAGUAAAUGACCUUUUUCUUUUUUUAAUUUUUUUUUUAAUAUUGCAAAAGUAUAAUAAUAUUCUGUGCUGGGUGGGGUCCACAUCACAUCACCGAGGCCCUUUAAAUCCCAGGUGGUAUUUCCCGCUCUACUCUACCAGAGACAAAAAACAGCAACAAGGACGACGACCAAAAACCCUAAAACCCCCUGAAAUACGACGACGACGACGACGACUAACUUAGGUAGGUUGGUUGAGGAAGUGAACAGCCAAGACGGGUCUGCCAGUGUGGAUGCUGGGGCUGGGUGCGGAUCGGUUGCGGGCCGAUAUGAACCGUUUGCUCGCCCUUCUCUUUCACCAGGGAGUAUUGGACGAGCAGUUCUUGCAGCUUCAGCAGCUUCAAGAUGAAAGCUCUCCCAACUUCGUGUCGGAAGUUGUCAACAUCUACUUUCAUGAGUCCGAGAAGCUCUUAAGAAACCUCAGAGCAUUACUGUUGGAUACGGAGUUGUCGGAUUACAAGAAAAUGGGAAUCCAUUUGAAUCAGUUGAUGGGAAGCAGCUCAAGCAUUGGUGCCAAGAGAGUCAGAAACGUUUGCGUUGCCUUUCGAGCCGCUUCCGAGCAGAAUAACCGUGCAGGGUGUUUGCGAGCUUUGGAGCUGCUAGAACAUGAAUAUUGCUACUUGAAGAACAAAUUGCAUGAACUAUUCCAGAUAGAGCAGCAAAGAGCAUUGUCUGCUGGAAUUAGGUACCCAAUGCAAAAUUAAAACCAAUGUCAGGUUUUAUUUCAGGAGUACCAUUAAACUACCACCCUGUGUUUAUUUCAGGUUUUAUGCUCAAAACCAAGCUAUAGCUACGUAAUCCCUAACUGCCAGUAGUAGUAGUAGUACUUUCUUUGUGUAUUUAUAGAGGAGGAAGAUGAAGAAAAUAGAGAAUGGUUAAUGCGUGCCACUGUGAUCUAUCCACCUGUCGUUAUUUGUAGAGUUAAGAGUUAAAUUUUUAUUUUUAUUUUUACUUUUAUUUUCAUAUGAAAAAAAAAAAAAGGAAAAAAAAAAAGUGGCUGGUUGUAAGUUUUGAAUGCAAAUGAGAUCUACUUUUUGCUGUGGA